CUGAUAAACCAUGGAAAACAGCUCUAAUGAAGAUGUCGUUUUACCUCCGAGUGUCGAAGCAUUAAUAUCAAGAAUUUGCGACGAGCAAAAACAACAGCCACUCCCCAACUCAACGAAGCAGGAACUGGCCGAGAGAGGCGAAGAAGAAUCGUUAAAGCUUCUUAAAAUAAUCCAGCGUUCUAGGAUUAAUACUACAUUUGAUCGAUACUUAAAGUUUUUGAUGAGAAACUCAAACAGUCCUUUUCCAUUGAACUCCAGCCCCUUCUCUUCUCCUGAUAAAUCAUGGCGUCUUAUGAUGAGCUCUCCAGCUGAUUUAGCGGGAGGUACUUCUGAUGUUGCUUCUAGUUCGGCACCAGUUACCCCUAUAAAGAGUUCUUCAGCAAGCGCUGGCAGAGGAGAAGGGUUUAGCCCCCAGUUGGAAGCUUUAGGGGAGCUUGAAUUUCGUAAAGCUUUUCUAAUUUUAAGCUAUAUCGGGCAGAAUAGGCUAGAACAAGUAAUCACUGCUGAAGAAAUUCGAAGUUACAAGAAUUUGGCGAUGGGUCUAUUUGAGAAAAAAGUCUGGGGUUCUCUGGGUCAACUUUAUGCUGCUGCUGAUCGUGUAAAGCAACUCGAGUGGGGAUCGGAUAAGACCUAUGAAUAUCAGUGUCAUGUAUGUGAAAAUGGAAGCUAUAGGUUCAAGGGCCCUUAUUUUGAAAGGACUAGAAGUCAUUUACAAAGAGUUUUAGGAGAUGAUAACGUUCUUUCUGUUAAGUUUGAAAAAGAUGGUAAAAGUUCAGUUGGCAGUGAUUUUCCGGAGUUCAAGAGAAUUGGAAAAGAAGGAAUUCUUGUUGGUUUGCGCCGUUACCGGUUUUUCGUCUUUAAGGAUGGAGGCAAAGCAGCAAAAAAGAAAGAUCCAAGUACUUCAUCUGUUAAGUGCUUUUUUGUUCGAUUCGAGUCUAAUGCGUCCAUCGAUCAAGGGAAAGAAUACAUUUUAUCUGGCAAAACAGUUAAAGAAGCCAGAAGUCUGUUUAUGCAUGUCCAUAACCUGGAAAGCAUGGCCAAGUAUAUGGCCAGAUUUUCACUAAUACUCUCGAAGACCAUGAAGUUGGACGUUGAUUUUGACAGUCUACGUUUUGAUGAGAGAGAAGAUAUACCCUGCACGGGUGAAGGAUUUGAGAAAAAUGGAAAAGAUCGUAUUCACACUAAUGGAACUGGAUUUAUAUCCGAGGAUUUGGCGUUGAAAUGCCCGAAAAACGUCUUCAAAGGAAGCAUCACCAAUGGUGCCAACAAUGAGAUUCGAACAAUUGGUGCAUCGAUGGGGGAAUCUCCAGACACGAAAUCGACAGAAUCUCACCGUGGGGUACCGCCUUUGCUGCUCCAGAUCCGCUUCUUUUACAAUGGUCGUGCUAUCAAGGGAACUUUACUAGUUAAUAAGAAGCUUCCACCCCGAACCAUUCAAGUUCGGGAAUCCAUGAUUAAAGUUCGACCUGAUCCAUCAAAGAACCGCACGAUAAAUUCACUGGAAUUAGUUACCACCAGCAAUAAACCAAAGGGAACUAAUCUUAAUAGGAAUUUGAUUAUGCUCCUUAGCCAUGGGGGUGUCCCGGAUGAUUUUUUUAUGGAUAUAUUGAAGAAUGGUUUAGAAGAGUCAGAGCGCGGUUUCUCGAACAAAAGAACAGCCCUUAAAGUUGCUCUUAACCGUGGAGGAAUGGACGAACUUGGUGUGGCGAAAAUGAUUCUAGCAGGGAUUCCCCUUGAUGAAUCGUAUUUGCAAUAUCGAAUGUCCAUAAUGUUGAAUGAAGAUAGAAAGAAUCUCCUUGAAGGAAAACUACCUAUAACUGGGUCCUAUUAUUUAAUGGGCACUGUUGAUCCAUCUAAAACCUUGAAACGUGGUGAAGUCAGCAUUAUCUUGGAAAAUGGACAGAUUUCUGGUAAAGUGCUUGUGUACCGUGCACCCGGAGAACAUUUUGGAGAUGUACAUGUGCUCAAUGCGAGAUAUGUGGAUAAGUUGAAUGAAUAUGUAGGACAUGCCAAGUAUGCCAUAUUCUUUCCUUGUGAUGGCCCGCGCUCUUUGGCUGAUGAGAUGGCUGGGGGUGAUUUUGACGGCGACAUGUUCUUCGUAUCACAAAAUCCACAGCUUUUGGAUUACUUCAAAGCUAGUGAGCCCUGGGAAGAAGAAUGCUCUACUCCCGAAGGGCCCAGUCCGAAUCCCAGCAAGCUUUCGGAUGAGGAGUUGGAGAGUGAGCUCUUCAAUUCGUUCUUGAAAGCUAGGUUCCAGCAAAGUUAUGCUAUGAGUGAGGCUGCUAAUAGUUGGAUCGCGAUAAUGGAUCGGUUUCUUACGGUAAAAGAUCCAUCCGAGAGAACUCUCAUGAAGAAGAACCUGGAAAGCCUUAUUAACUUAUACUACGAAGCUUUGGACGCUUCAAAGACAGGAAAGAAGGUCGUCAUUCCAGAGGACUUGAUAGCACCAGUGUUUCCACAUUACAUGGAACGGUAUAACUCAUUCAAGUCAACUUCCAUCAUGGGGAAGAUUUAUGAUUAUGUCAAAUCUUAUCAAGACCAAGUGUCCAAGAGGACCAAGACGGAAGUUCGAAAGCUCCCCUGCUUCGACGACGGAGUCCUAGAGGAAGAAUGCCGAGAAAAAUGGACCGCACUUUACGAGGAAUACAGGAAAGACAUGUCAGAUGCUCAAAAGUUCCCGAGCAAAGAACAAAUAGAUGCAGCUUGUAAUGCAGUUUAUGACAAGUACAAGAAGGAACUAUACGGAGGUUUGGAGUUGGAGGAGAGGCAAAGGCCGAUGGACGAAAUCCGAAAGGAGGCUGUUGCCAUUUAUAACAUUUGCUAUGACUAUGCCAUGAACAUAGAUGAAGUGGGCAGAUGCGGGUUCGCAUGGAAAGUUGCAGGCUCGGCCCUCUUAAAUCUGUACACUGAGCAGCUGGGUGAAAGUACUCUCUCGUGUGCACCUUCUGUACUGAAAGAACUCUUUUCUUGAGCUAAUAAUGCUGUGGGCGGAUUCGAAAUAAUUUGACCUCCUAUGCUCUGUUACCUCUGUUACAACCCAAUACCCUAAGACAUCCCUGCUGCUGCCACCACCAACCUAACUGUAGUCACAUGCCUCAAUCUCCAACACUCCACGUCACCUCCAUGCCCUGCCAACUAGGGAUGGACAUGAGGUCCGAACUCGAAAGAUUCCGACUCAAUAAUAGGAGUCGAAUCUAACAAAUAAUAAUACUUACUUUUAGAAAUAUAAAUUGUAGUAGUUAUAAGUAAG